GGAACAAAUCCCAGUUCAUCAUCAUCAUCUCCAACUUGCAAAAAAGCUGAAAAAGAUUCCAUCUUCAUCUCCUUUAAAAUAAAAAUAAAAAACCCAUCUUUUUCAAACCAAGAUUUCCUCUCACAACAAUGGCGUUGGAAAAAAAAUACAUAACUCAAGAACAACUCAGUCUUCAUAACAAACCAGAAGAUCUCUGGAUUUCAAUUCAAGGAAAAGUUUACAACGUUACAGAAUGGUCAAAAAUCCAUCCCGGCGGCGACAUUCCUCUCUUAAAUCUCUCCGGCCAAGACGCCACCGACGCAUUCAUCGCCUUUCAUCCCACCACCGUUUGGCACCGUCUCGACAAUCUAUUCACCGGUUUCCAUCUUCAAGAUUAUCAAGUAAACGAACUCUCCAAAGAUUAUCGAAAACUAGCCACAGAAUUUACUAAAUCCGGUAUGUUUGAGAAAAAAGAACAUGUCGUGAUCAAAUCCCUUUGUUUCAUUUCAAUCUUGUUUCUAUCAUCAAUCGCCGGUGUCCUAUGUUCAAACAGUUUCUGGGUUCAUAUGUUCGCCGGAGCUUUACUGGGUUUUUCAUGGGUUCAAGUUUCUUAUUUAGGUCAUGAUUCAGGUCAUUACAAUAUGAUGACUACAAAAGGGUUUAAUAAACUAGCCCAAAUUAUCUCCGGCAACUGUCUGACCGGAAUCAGCAUAGCUUGGUGGAAAUGGACUCAUAAUGCUCAUCAUAUCGCAGUUAACAGUCUAGAUUAUGAUCCUGAUUUACAACACUUACCCGUUUUUGCAGUCUCAACAAAGAUCUUUGAUUCAAUCAGAUCUGAAUUCUACGGCCGUGAAUUAACAUUCGAUUCAAUGUCAAAAUUCAUGGUUAGUUAUCAACAUAUAACAUUCUACCCUGUUAUGUGUGUAGCUAGAGUGAAUCUGUUCUUACAAACAUUACUACUUUUGUUUUCAAAAAGAAGAAUUCCAGAUAGGGGUUUGAACAUAUUAGGAAUUCUUGUUUUUUGGACAUGGUUUCCUUUACUAGUUUCAUCACUACCGAAUUGGCCGGAGAGGAUUCUAUUCGUUUUGAUUAGUUUUGCAGUGACGGCAAUUCAACAUAUACAAUUUUGUUUAAACCAUUUUGCUGCGAAUACACAUGUGGGUCCUCCAUGUGGGAAUGAUUGGUUUGAGAAACAAACGAAUGGAACAAUUGAUAUUGCUUGUUCGGAUUGGAUGGAUUGGUUUCAUGGUGGAUUACAGUUUCAACUUGAACAUCAUUUGUUUCCUAGAUUACCUAGAUGUCAAUUGAGGAAGAUUUCGCCGGUUGUUAGAGAUUUGUGUAAGAAACAUGGUUUGAAUUAUAGGAGUUUGUCUUUUUAUGAUGCGAAUGUUGAGACUAUUAGGACUUUGAAGAAGGCUGCUAUGGAAGCUAGAUGUAUUCUUUGGGAGGCUGUGAAUACUCAUGGAUGAUUAUUGAGUUUGGGUUUUGAGUUUUCCGGUGACUUUGACUCCGACCGACCGGCUUUGUUUGUCUAUGAGAGGGUUUUUAUAGAUGAUCAUCUAUCUUUAAUCUUGAUAAUGUCUUUUUAUUCAUUCAAUUUAUGUAACCUUAUCUUUUUUUAUAUGGAAUACACUUAAAUUUGACCUCGAAAAAUACUAUUCUAAUGCUUUUGUUUCGAUUAA